GACUCGAGAGUCGCCGACAGUCGGAUGCUCCUCGAUGUACAGUGGCUCGGAGCGGACAAGUCUCCUGCCGCGGUCGGUCGGUCGGAGUUUGUUUGUUUGUUUGUUUGUUUGUUUGUUUGUUUUAACGGAACUGUUUUAACUGGCGACAUUCAACAGAGAGACGCGGCCGUUAUGCCAGUGAACUCCCGAGCAGCCGUCCAGGGCUCGGGGCUGUUCUCCCUGUGAGAGGGCUGGGCGGCUCAGCUGCCACUGGCUGCUGGGAUGCUGCGGAAGAGCAGCAGCAGUGGUGGCAUUGCUACGACGACGACGACGAAGCAGCAGCACACCCAGGGUCCGCCACGACACCCCCACAUCAAGUCUCACACGGGCUCGCUGUCGGCCCGGUCCGCCAAGACCCUGGACAUGGGCCGCGGCACCACCACCACCACCACCACCAACAACAACAACCCGAACCCGCUGAGCAGCAUGGGGCUGUCGUCCCGGCUGGUCGGGGCGCCGGGGGUGGACCCGGAGUACGUGAUGCAGCUGGUGAACGACGUGCGGUGGUUCGCCGACGUGCUGCUCAACCUCAAGGAUGCCUUCCAGUGUAAAGAGAAUCUGGAGGGUCUUCAGAAGGUGGUGCAGGAACGCCUGGCAGAGUUACUCCGCAUCCUCAAGGCGGUCAUCGGCAAACACCAGACCCUCAACUCGGUGGACAUCCUGGGAGCGGCCGGCACGGUCAUUGCCAAGGUCAAAGGCGUUAACUUCAAGGAAGUGAACCCAGAAAACAAAAAGGCUAUAUUCGGCGAGAUACACACGUCCAUUGACACUUUGGCAUUCACGUUCGGCAAUGUAGUUUCUGACUUCCUUAUGGGAGAUGUGGACAGCGGCUCAGGGUUGGGGAUCCCCCAGACCAGGAAAAGCAGGUCUUACGACAACCUCUCUCUGGAUCCUGAGGGAUAUGUCUCAGAGAAGAGUGACCUCGUGGGCCCAGAGGUGCCGUUGUCACGGGAGGAGGAAGUUGACUUGACUCUGCUGAAGAAUGACAGCGGGGUGGAGUCUGCGCUGCUCUACGCCAAGGCCUGGUCCAAGUACAUUAAAGAACUUCUGGCCUGGAUGGAGAAAAGAAUGGCGAUGGAUAUUGAGUAUGCAAAAAUUUAUGCCAAAAUGGCAGAGUCUGCAAAGUCCCUGGCCAGUCAACAGGACUACAUGCCAUUCAGUGACAUCUACGUUUCCACAUUCAAGAAGGACAUUGAAUUCAACCAGCUGCUUAUUCAAACUGCAAUGGCUCUGCAAACCAACAAAUUCAUACAGCCUCUUUUUGCUCGAAAGAAUGAACUAGACAAGCUGAGGAAAGACAUCAAGGAGCUCUGGCAGAGGGAACAAAGGAAAAUGCAAGAGGCAGAUGUGACGUUGCGUAAAGCGCGAGCGCUCAAGGCCCAGAGGAGAGAGGAGUACCAGAAAGCCCAGUUGUCUACCAACCGGUCCCAGGAGGAGCAGUCCAAUAACGCUGGCAACAAACAGCUGGAGAAGAAGAGGAGGCUGGAGGAGGAGGCUCUGCAGAAGGCGGAGGAGGCGCAGGACCAGUACCAGAGCUGUAUGGCUGACGCAGGCGUCAGGAGGAUGGAUCUGGCCAAUGCCAAGAGCACCAUCCUCACACAGAUCAGAGAGAUGGUCUUCCAGUGUGACCUCACACUCAAAGCUGUGACAGUGAACUGGUUUCAGAUGCAGCAGGCGCAGACGGUGUCCCUCCCCGCACACUACCAGGCCCUGAGCGAGAGCGCCAAGUUGUACGAACCGGGUGAAUGCUACGCCGAGUUCGUCCGGAACCUGCCCAGACAUCUGCCCAAAGAGCGGCUGCACUCCGACUCCAUCUCCUCUGACAACACCAGGUUUGUGUUCAACAAAAGGUCAGUGGGCAGCUCUCAUUCCUCCCACGGCAACCUGUCGCAGGGGUCCAUCACCUCCUGUGACGUGCUGAGCGGAGACGAAGUGGACAUUCCCUCGCACCGGUCGGCAAAGAUCGGCGAGCGGCGGUCCGACAGCAGCACAGACAUACAAGGGUUGAGGGGCCAGGCCUCGCAAAGAGCCUGGGCGUCCAGCAGCCAAGGAAGCCAGGGCGGGAUGUGCAGUGACUCAGAGAGUGCUGGAGGCAGCAGCGAGUCGAGGUCCAUGGACUCCCCCACAGCCAGUCCAGGUGACUUCAAACGACGGCUGCCCAGGACUCCCUCUACCGGAACAAUGUCUUCUGCUGACGACCUGGAUGAGAGGGAGCUGCCGUCGCCCUCAGACAACGGUCUGGCAGAGAUGGUGACCGAGACGGCCAGCUCUCCCGGCCCCUUCCGAAACGCUCAGAUGUCCAAAGCUGCUCAAACCCAUAAGCUGAGAAAACUGCGAGCGCCGUCUAAAUGCAGGGAAUGCGACAGUCUAGUAGUUUUCCAUGGAGCUGAGUGCGAAGAGUGCUCCCUGGCCUGCCACAAGAAGUGUCUAGAGACGCUUGCCAUCCAGUGUGGCCACAAAAAGCUGCAGGGCAGACUCCAACUGUUUGGCAUCGACUUUGCCCAAGCAUCGAAAAACAGUGCAGACGGUAUCCCCUUCAUCAUCAAGAAGUGCACGUCCGAGAUCGAGAGUCGAGCCCUCAACAUCAAGGGGAUUUAUCGUGUGAACGGGGCCAAAUCCCGCGUUGAGAAGCUCUGUCAGGCGUUUGAAAAUGGGAAGGACUUAGUCGAGCUGUCUGACCUCUCACCUCAUGACAUCAGCAAUGUCCUCAAACUCUACCUUAGACAGUUACCAGAGCCGCUGAUCCAGUAUCGAUACUACAACGACAUCAUUGGCUUGUCCAAGGAGUGUCAGAGAGCGAUCGUAGAAGAGGCCGACAAACCAUCUAGCACCCAGGCGGACGCGAAAGGCGGCGGAGGCCCGAGCGCGCAGCUCAACAGAGUCCUUUUCAAGAUCCGGGAUCUGCUCCGACAACUGCCCGCGGCCAACUACAGGACUCUGCGCUUCCUCAUAGCUCACCUGAGCAGAGUGGCGGAGCAGGCGGAAGAGAACAAGAUGACGGCGAGCAACCUGGGCAUCAUAUUCGGCCCCACGCUGGUGAAGCCCCGGCAGACGGACGCCGAGGUGUCCCUGUCCUCCCUGGUGGACUACCCCUACCAGGCGCUGAUGGUGGAGCUGCUGGUGCGACACUUCCAAACGGUCUUCGAGGCGUCGCUUCUGCCCGGCUCCGACAUCGCCGCCGCUGGCCAGGGGUCGCCCAGGCUCACCCCGCAGGAGAAGCUGCAGCGGCUCAGCAGACACUCGGCCUCCCUGAUGGACAUCAAAGAGAGUGCCAAAGUGUACAAAAGAUACUCGUCCGUUAUCCCAUCCUCACAUAUCCUGGACGAGGUGCACGAGGUCCAGCCGGGGACGGACAGGACAGACUCCUCGGCCCAACUCAACGGGAUCCAGACUUCGAGUGGAGGAGACGUCCAGAGGUCGACAUUAGUCUUCGGCCGUCCCAGCAUCACCAGCCCAUCCAAUGCUAAUGCGGUCCAGCCAAAGGUCCAGCUGCGCACGCAGCGCACCAGACACGCGGCCCGGCCGAUCAGCAUGCCGCUGGAGCGCCUGCCCGCCCCUGCUCAGCUCGUCGAGAGGAAUCAUCGCAACGCCGCCGCCAGCGCCGACGUGACUGAGCGGGACAGCGCGGCCGAAACCAUCCAGGAGGUACCAGAGCCGGAAAAGUCACGGCAGAGCGGCUCGUCCAGAGUGAGCACCUACUACAUCACACCGUUCAUCGACACGCAGACGAUGCAGAGGAGAACCUGGGACAGGAAGUACAAGCACUAUGAUGUCACGCCCAGGACUGCCAUGAUCGUGGCCAACCUGCCACCUUCCAGUGCCGGAGUGCAGCCGCUAAAGGCGACCGUGCCUCUCACGCUGACCACCGCCUCUGUGGUCUCCACCACGCCUAGUUUGACCACCAUCUUCUCCAACAACCCCUACACCCUGUCGGUGAAGCCCGUUUUGACUUCAAAAAGGGAAAACGCAGACACGGACAAGUCAGUCGGCGAAUCCAGCAGCUCAUCAAACCUCCCGCUGACGCUCAGGGCGCCGAGGACUCUACAGCCUCCCCCUGGAACCUUCUACCAUCCCCCUGUUUCCAUAAACAGCAGAGCUCGGACGCUACCGAACUGGACUACCACCGUCACCACCGUCACCACCACCACCUCCGCACUCGCCCCUAGUUACCCAGAUCAGGUAGUCACCCCGUCCCCUGCCCCGACGAGCCCCCCCCACACACAGCUCCAGACCCAGGACUCCACUGACAGCGCCAUCGACGUCCUGACCUCCGUCACCCUGUCGCCCCCACAGUCCCCUCCCCCGAGCAGCCCCGACGACCUCAGCCCUAGCGAGACUAAACCCGUCUACCAAAGACUGCGACCUCGGCGGCAGCAGGAGCUUGAGCACAGAGAGGCUCAUUUUGUCUGAUGCCAAAAAAAAAUCAUAUUAUAUCUGUACAUAUAAAUGUAUCCGUGCCAUAGUGUAUCUGGGGGGGAGACGUUUUUAUCAACAAGCUGAGAGCGGGAGGAAAAUAAUAGUUGGUGAAAAUAAACCAUGAAAGUGUUAUAAGUACUAAUAUAUUCUAUUUUACAUGUUGAAGUCAACAGUGGUUAGUCAAAGCAUUCAAAAACAAGCAAGUGCAAAUAUUUUUUUUUUACGUCAUAGAAAAACUUGCCAGCCACAUUAUUUGAUUUCUGUAUGUAAAAAAAAAAAUAUUAAGCCUUGCUCAAUGUUUGAUUUGUUUCAAAAAUUAUAUUUUAUUGUAAUCACACAAUGCACUUAAUACAGGUUAAAAUUUUUAAUGUUGCCUUCGUUGUUAAACAUUUGCUCAAUUUUGUAUUUUAUUCCACAAGGAAUAGAUGAUUUUUAACAAUAAGGUUCUUAAUUUUAAAGAAUUCAACAUUUUAUCCAUUGGAGUUUUUUUCCAUUGCGGCCUGUGAUUGGUACAUUUUGUCUUUUUGUUCUUCAGUAUAUAUAAGCCUUAUGUAUCUGUUUACGUUUUUUAUUAUUCAUUCAUACAUCCUGCAUGUUUUGUCACAGUGUUUUUGUCUCAUCGCGACAUUGUGACCAUACGGAAGAAAAAAUGACAAGCAACAAUUCUUGCUGCAAAUUAAAAAUUGUACUUUUAAACUGUUA